AUGCUUUCUGACGUGGCAUGUCCGGCGCGGUGCUGCCAGGUCUUCUGCGUGCACACGGAGCCUAACUACUCACUGCCUUGGCAGCGGAAACGGCAGUACAGCAGCUCGUCCAGCGGCUUCUUGCUGCCGGGGCGUCGCAUCCUCACCAACGCGCACUGCGUCGACCACUACACGCAGGUGAAGGUAAAGCGGCGAGGCUCGGACGUGAAGCACGUUGCUUCGGUGCUGUCUGUGGGCACGGAGUGCGAUAUCGCCCUGCUCACCGUUGAGGACGACUCUUUCUGGGAGGGUGUGGAGCCGGUCGUCUUUGGGCAGCUGCCCCAGCUGCAGGACGCCGUGACCGUCGUUGGCUAUCCCAUCGGCGGAGACACGAUGUCCGUCACCUCGGGCGUCGUGAGUCGCAUUGAAGUGACGGCAUACAUGCACGGUUCAUCCGAACUGCUGGGCAUCCAGAUUGAUGCGGCGAUCAACUCCGGGAACAGCGGUGGGCCGGCUUUCAAUGAGGCUGGCGAGUGUGUGGGCAUAGCCUUCCAGUCCCUGAAGCACGAGGACGCGGAAAAUAUUGGCUACAUCAUUCCAACACCAGUGAUCGAGCACUUCCUCACGGAUUAUGCGCGCCACGGCCACUAUACGGGCUUCCCUUGCCUUGGCGUGGAAUGGCAGAAGCUAGAGAACCCCGACCUCCGCGCAGCACUCAAAAUGCAGCCGGGGCAGAAGGGCGUGCUCAUCCGCCGUGUGGAGCCAACCUCCGCCGUGUCGGAAGUCCUGCACCAAAACGAUGUCCUCAUGUCCUUCGACGGCGUUAGCAUCGCCAAUGACGGCACCGUGCCGUUUCGGUCGGGCGAGCGGAUCUCGUUCUCCUACCUGGUGAGCAACAAGUACACGGACGAGGAGGCGGAGCUGGUGGUGUUGCACGACGGCCAGCAGCGGACGGUCCGUGUCAACCUGCGUGCGCCCGUGCGGCUGGUGCCCUUUCACACGCGCGGCGCGCCGCCGUCGUACUUCAUCGUGGCGGGUCUCGUCUUCACAACCGUCACGGUGCCGUAUCUGCGCAGCGAGUACGGGAAAGAGUACGAUUUUGACGCACCUGUCAAGCUCCUUGAUAAGAUGAUGCACGGUAUGGCGUCGCAUAUGGACGAGCAGGUGGUCGUCCUCAGCCAAGUGCUGGCGUCGGAGAUCAACACGGGCUAUGAUGACAUCACGAACACCCAGGUUUUGGCGCUCAACAAUAAGCGCAUCAAGAACCUCGCUGACCUUGUGGCACGAGUGGAUGAGUGCACGGAACCAUACCUGUGCUUGGACCUCGAGUACAACCAGAAGGUGGUGUUGGAGAUGGCGAAGGCUAAGGCGGCUACACCGGAGAUACUGUCGGUGCACUGCAUCAGCCAAGACAGGUCACCAGACCUCAUGAAACCCCGACUACCUACUUGCUGUGAACCGGGCAAACCAUCCAAGGGUAAAGCUACGAAAUCGGGAAAGCGGUGA